CUAAAGUAUAAAAUUAGAAAUACAAAAAGUAUAUCAAAGUUUAUUUUUCUGAUAAGGUUAGUGGAGGAGUGACUCAUUGAUUAAAGUUUAGAAAUAGGAAUCUCAAUCACUUUCAUUAGUUUCCAAUUUAACAAAUCAAAAUCAGAAGAAGAAAAAGAUGACCAGCUCUGAUCCUCAAUCUCACAACGUCUUCGUCUACGGUAGCAUUCUAGAACCCGCCGUCGCCGCCGUGAUCCUGGAUCGCACAGCCGAUACAGUCCCCGCCGUUCUCCAUGGCUAUCACAGAUAUAAACUCAAAGGACUUCCAUAUCCAUGUAUUGUUUCUUCUGAUUCUGGAAAAGUCAACGGAAAGGUUAUAACUGGAGUGUCUGAUGCUGAGUUAAAUAAUUUCGAUGUGAUUGAAGGUAAUGAUUAUGAGAGAGUAACUGUUGAAGUUGUAAGAAUGGAUAAUUCUGAGAAGGUGAAAGUUGAAACUUAUGUUUGGGUUAAUAAAGAUGAUCCUAGAAUGUAUGGAGAAUGGGAUUUCGAGGAAUGGAGAGUGGUUCACGCGGAGAAAUUCGUGGAGACUUUUAGAAAAAUGUUGGAAUGGAACAAGAAUCCAAAUGGGAAGAGCAUGGAGGAGGCUGUAGGAUCAUUAUUAUCGUCAGGGGAUUAAUUCUUGAUGAGCUUGGCUAAUCUUAGCAGAAGAGAGUAAGUGAGUAAGUAAAGAGUGGGUUUUGAAUAAUGUGUUGUUGGAACUUGAAACAGAGUCUUCUAUGUGAUUUUGUUUGUGUUGUUAUGGAUAUCUUGUUGGCACUUUUUCUGAUUUCAGUUGGAAACAGGUGCGUUUGCGGGCAAUAGUUGCUUCGGAGUGGUUGUAGUAACAAUUUAUCAUAAAGCCUACUAAUAUUAUAGAUUUUAUAUAAG